GUGAAAGAGGAUAAACAAUUUUCAGGCAUAUGGUUUUAUUAAAGGCUUCUGGGCAGAAACGUAAUUCAGAACGCUUCUCAUUGGAAAUCAGUCGCGAUUUAUCGCGACCAUUUACCAUAACAACAGCUGGCACAGAUCGGAGUCAAUCCGGCAGCGAUUCCAAUAUGCCCAAACUCUGGAACAGUGUGAAAUGCUCCUCCCUCUCACCCGAUCUGAUGGAGGCACAACCCAAAAUAUUGCCCAAGUCGCGCUCGAGCAGCAGCAGCAGCAAUCGCAACAGCAAAUAUUGGAUAUUCUCGAUGAUAAUUGAGCGCAGCGCUGGCUCCAAGCGAGUGGAUAUCUUGGGAGACGAUGUCGAUACGCCAUUGGAGGCCAUUCUGCCGGUGGAGGAAGUGGAGGAGGUUUGUCUGUUGCGUGACAGCCCCUACAGGAUAUUGAGGGCGGCGGAGUCUGGCAACUUGGAUGAUUUUAAGCGUCUGUUCAUGGCGGACAACACGCGCAUCACGCUCCAGGAUGGCAAAGGACGAACAGCUGCUCACCAGGCGGCGGCCAGGAAUCGUGUCAACAUCUUGCGCUAUAUACGCGAUCAGAAUGGGGACUUCAAUGCCAAGGACAAUGCGGGCAAUACGCCACUUCACAUUGCUGUCGAUAGCGAUGCGUACGAUGCACUGGACUUUCUGCUCUCCAUUCCGGUGGACACGGGCAUAUUGAAUGAGAAGAAACAGGCGCCGGUGCAUCUGGCAACGGAGCUAAACAAGGUCAAGUCGUUGCGGGUGAUGGGUCAAUAUCGGAAUGUUAUCAACAUACAGCAGGGCGGCGAACACGGAAGGACUGCCCUGCACUUGGCCGCUAUCUACGAUCACGAGGAGUGCGCCCGUAUCCUGAUAACUGAGUUCGAUGCAUGCCCCCGUAGACCCUGCAACAAUGGUUAUUAUCCCAUACAUGAAGCGGCUAAAAACGCCAGCUCUAAGACAAUGGAGGUGUUCUUUCAGUGGGGCGAACAACGUGGCUGCACUCGCGAGGAGAUGAUAUCCUUUUACGAUUCCGAGGGCAAUGUGCCGCUGCAUUCAGCGGUCCAUGGCGGCGAUAUAAAGGCCGUGGAGCUGUGCCUGAAAUCGGGCGCUAAAAUAUCAACACAGCAACAUGAUCUCUCGACGCCAGUGCACUUAGCGUGCGCGCAGGGUGCCAUUGAAAUAGUCAAGUUGAUGUUUGAGAUGCAGCCAUUGGAGAAGCGGAUUUGUCUCAGCUGCACCGACGUACAGAAGAUGACUCCGCUGCACUGCGCUUCGAUGUUCGAUCAUCCCGAUAUAGUCUCUUACCUGGUCAACGAGGGUGCCGAAAUCAAUGCGCUAGACAAGGAGCAUCGCUCCCCACUACUCUUGGCUGCCUCGCGCAGUGGCUGGAAAACUGUACAUCUGCUAAUUCGAUUGGGUGCCAGCAUUGAUGUGAAGGAUGCCGCAGCGCGUAAUGUCCUUCACUUUGUCAUCAUGAACGGGGGACGCUUGACGGACUUUGCGGAGCAGGUUGCCAAUUGCCAGACACAGGCGCAGCUGCAAUUGCUGCUAAACGAGAAAGAUAACAUGGGCUGCUCUCCCCUGCACUACGCCAGUCGGGAUGGUCACAUACGUUCGCUGGAGAAUCUCAUCCGUCUGGGCGCCUGCAUCAAUCUGAAGAACAAUAACAAUGAGAGUCCUUUGCACUUUGCCGCUCGCUAUGGCAGAUAUAAUACAGUGCGACAACUGCUCGACUCGGAGAAGGGCUCGUUUAUCAUCAAUGAGAGCGAUGGCGCUGGGAUGACUCCGUUGCACAUCUCCUCGCAGCAGGGACAUACACGUGUGGUACAGCUCCUGUUGAAUCGGGGUGCUUUGCUCCAUCGCGACCACUCCGGGCGUAAUCCACUGCAGCUGGCUGCCAUGUCGGGAUAUACCGAGACCAUAGAACUGCUGCACUCGGUGCACUCACAUCUGCUGGAUCAGCUGGACAAGGAUGGGAACACUGCUCUUCAUCUGGCCACCAUGGAGAAUAAGCCGCAUGCGAUUUCGGUGCUGCUGUCGAUGGGUUGCAAGUUGAUCUACAAUGUGCUGGACAUGAGUGCCAUUGACUACGCCAUCUACUACAAAUAUCCGGAGGCAGCACUGGCAAUGGUCACGCACGAGGAGCGUGCCAACGAGGUGAUGGCGUUGCGCUCCGAUAAGCAUCCGUGUGUGACCCUGGCACUGAUUGCCUCAAUGCCCAAAGUGUUUGAGGCGGUUCAGGAUAAGUGCAUUACCAAGGCGAAUUGUAAGAAGGACUCGAAGAGUUUUUACAUUAGGUACUCAUUUGCAUUCUUGCAAUGUCCUUAUAUGUCUGCCAAGAUCGAUGAGAAAACCGGAGAGCCGAUCAUGACAACAAAUCCCAUUCCAUUACCAGCCCUCAAUACAAUGGUCACACAUGGACGCGUGGAGCUGCUGGCCCAUCCCUUGAGCCAGAAGUAUCUGCAAAUGAAAUGGAACUCUUAUGGCAAAUACUUUCAUCUGGCCAAUCUCUUGAUUUAUUCGAUAUUUCUGGUCUUUGUCACCAUAUAUUCAUCGCUAAUGAUGAACAACAUCGAACUGCGUUUCCGUGGCAAUACAACAAUUAGUCACUUCUGCAAGGGCUGGGGUCCGCUCACAUCGAAUCUCACGCAUAGCGCUGCGGAUGUUGCCCAGAUACGUCGGGAGUCCUGUGUGGAGAGCAUUAAUCGAACACCAGCCAUACUCUGCUGUGCCAUGGUCAUUGUAAUUUACAUAUUGCUCAAUUCGAUGAGGGAAUUGAUUCAGAUCUAUCAGCAGCGUUUGCACUAUUUGGUGGAGACGGUGAAUCUUAUCUCCUGGGUGCUCUACAUAUCCGCAUUGAUAAUGAUAGCGCCCGCUUUUCGAUCCGAUGGCGCCAUUAACACCAUACAUUAUUCAGCUGCAUCGAUUGCCGUCUUCUUGUCCUGGUUUCGUUUGCUCCUCUUCCUGCAGCGUUUCGAUCAGGUUGGGAUUUAUGUGGUCAUGUUCUUGGAGAUAUUGCAGACGUUGAUCAAAGUGCUCUUGGUCUUCUCCAUAUUGAUUAUUGCUUUUGGCCUGGCAUUUUAUAUAUUGCUCUCCAAGAUAAUUGAUCCACAGCCGAAUCCCAAUCACUUGUCCUUUUCAAAUAUACCCAUGUCGCUGGUGCGCACCUUCUCCAUGAUGCUCGGUGAACUGGACUUUGUUGGCACCUAUGUCAAUCCAUACUAUCGCGAUCAAUUAAAGGUGCCCAUGACCUCGUUCUUGAUACUGAGUGUUUUUAUGGUCUUGAUGCCCAUUCUGUUGAUGAACUUGCUCAUCGGUUUGGCCGUUGGCGAUAUUGAGUCAGUGCGUCGCAAUGCACAGCUGAAGAGAUUGGCCAUGCAGGUGGUGCUCCACACGGAGCUGGAGAGGAAGCUGCCCCAUGUCUGGCUGCAGCGAGUGGACAAAAUGGAGCUCAUUGAGUAUCCAAAUGAUACAAAAUGCAAAAUUGGCUUUCUCGAUUUUAUUUUACGCAAAUGGUUCUCGAAUCCAUUUACCGAGGAUUCUGCCAUGGAUGUGAUUAGCUUUGACAACAAUGACGAUUUGAUCAAUGCUGAAAUGGAUCGACAGCGCCGCAAGUUGCGCGACAUUAGCCGGAUGCUGGAGCAGCAGCAUCAUCUGGUGCGACUCAUUGUCCAGAAGAUGGAGAUCAAAACGGAGGCAGACGACGUCGACGAGGGCAUUUCCCCGAACGAACUGCGCUCCGUGGUGGGUCUCACUUCGGCUGGUCUCAAUCGCUGGAACUCGCCGCGUAUACGCAAUAAAUUGCGAGCAGCUCUGAGCUUCAACAAGAGCAUGUAGGACCCACAAUUAUAACUAGCGCAAAUUAGCAGAAGCUCUAUUUAUUGUCAUGCAUUAUAACCAUAUUUACACACUAUAUAAACUUAUCAAUGUCAAUGUCUGUUUAACGGGAGCUCAUAAGGGUAAAGGACGAAUUUAAGGUUGGCAACAGCUGAGCUCUGCAAGUGAAUGCGAUUUAAUUCACAUUUCUAUUAAAUACUAAAUGUAAUUGCAUAUAUAUAACUAUAUAUCUAUGUAUAUGUCUCUAUCUGUGUUUAACGUUUUUAAUGUCUUUGAAAAAGUCUAUCUGAAAUUAAA